AUGUGGCAGCGCACAGCAGCGGGACGCACUGGUGCUACUGCAGCUGCUGAGAACCAGAGUGUCGAGCAGACCUGGACCCCAGCAGAGACCCCUGGGACCCCCGACAUGUUCGACAACUCUAACUACCCCUUCAACUGCUUCAACUACGAUGGAGAAGGCUACCCCAGCUCCAGCUGCGAGGAGGACAAGAAAAUGUGCCGCCCCGCGUACAGUUACAUAGCUCUGAUCGCCAUGGCGAUCCAGCAGAGCCCGGAGCAGAGGGUUACUCUGUCGGGGAUCUAUGAGUUCAUCAUGAAGAGGUUCCCGUACUAUCGCUCCAACCAGCGAGCCUGGCAGAACUCCAUCAGACACAACCUGUCACUCAACAGCUGCUUCAUCAAGGUUCCUCGGACUGAGGGGAACGAAAAAGGCAAAGGAAACUUCUGGACUUUUGCCAGCGGCUGUGAGUCGAUGCUUGACUUGUUUGAAAACGGGAACUUCCGGCGCCGGCGCCGCAGGAGGAACAUGAAGCUGGGUUUGAGAGAGGGGGACACACCCUUCCCCCCUCUGGACACUCACCCCUCUGACUCCCCCCUCCGCCCCCUCAAUCCAGACAGGCCGCUGCCCCCACACACCCACAGCUCCAGCCAGGGCAAGCCCGAGUCUGAGAUCAAGUUCAGCAUCGACUACAUCCUGUCCACUCCAGACCCCCCACUGCCGGGCUUCAGGUGCCCCCAAGGGCCACUACACAUAGCCCCGACAGGGGCCCCCUUACACGUCCUGGAGCCUCCACACCUCAACCUGCACUUCUGGACACUAUGA